UCUGCACCCUCAGACGCGGUCCUGCCUCCCGCGAAGGCCCGCGGAAACUCCUGCGUCCCCUGCCGGCCCAUGGAAGGGGCCCAGCCUCCGGGGCCUCGGGACGAGCUGGAACUGUUGGAGCUUGGGGAGCAGCCAGAGGAGCAGAGGCCUCUCAAUGGAGAGCUCCGGAUCCUGACUUCCUCGGCCGAGGACCCCUGCCCAACCCAGGCUAACAAGAAAAAUUGUAAUACGACUGUGAUUGGAAGGUGUAAACUGUGGAUGGUCAUUGGCUCCAUUUUCCUAGGUUUCAUUAUAGUGGUCAUCAUAGGCUUAUGUCUCACUGGAGUAAUGUACAUUGACGAAGAUGAAAAUGAAAUAAUUGAAUUAUCAUCAAACAAAACAUUCUUCAUCAUGCUAAGGAUUCCAGAGGAGUGUAUUGCUGAAGAGGAAUUGCCUCACCUGCUCACUAAAAGGCUCACAGAUGUGUACAGUAUGUCACCAUCUCUGGGUCGAUAUUUCAUGUCAGUUGAAAUAGUGGACUUCAGGGGUGAAAAUUCCACAGCCACCUAUCACCUGCAGUUUGGGGUACCACUGGAAGACCACGGCUUUAUGAAGUACAUGAUGAGUGAGGAGUUGGUACUGGGCAUCUUGCUGCAGGACUUCCAUGACCAGAGCGAACCUGGCUGUGAGGGGCUGGGGCUUGACCCAGACUCUCUCUUGCUCUAUGAAUGAAGCAGUGGAGGCCAGUCUAUGUUAGAAAGCUGUGCUCCCCUGAGUUUUGGAGUCAAAGAGAAUCAAUUCUGUGAUCUUGACCAGAGGGCAGAGCCUGUCAGCCCUCCAGAUCCUGCACAGAGAUGGGUCAUCUCCAGUCCCACAAGGCACUGGCUGAGGCCAGUCCAGCUGGCUCAGUCUGGAGAAAGGAGGAAGCCAGGCCAGGUGGGGGAGAUGAAGUAUGGCAGCCCCCACAAGGGAGAUCCAAGUAUUCUUGAGACACUGGCUGCCUCCACUCCUGCAAGGAUCCUUCUUUCUCUUAAGCACAGGGUGGUGCAGCAAUGCCUUGUCUUAGGCAGAAUUCCGCUAAUCUGUGCUGGUGCACAGGGAUAGCCGGCAGUCAUGUGAGGGAGAAUUGAAUCAGUUCCUCACUAGAAAAUCACCCUCUCUCCUUCCCACAUCUGUGUCUGUGUCUGUGGCAUGUGCAUGUGUUUUGUGGUAUUCAGGAUGCAGUCCAGGAGCGCUCUACCACUGAGCUAUAUUCCCAGACCCUCUCCCUUUAGAAAUUUGAGACAUGAUCUCACUAAGUUGUCCUUGCUGGAUGUGAACGAGUAGUCCUCCUGCCUCAGCCUGCUCAGUGCUGGUCACAGGUGUGCCCACUAAGCCCAGCUUCAUAACUGUAUUUGAUCUACCUCCAAGCCAGGAAAAGGAAGGUGUGAGAAAGAGGAAGGUGCCUUCCAAGACCUAAGAAGCAGAGCUCUAUGUCUACUUUCAUGGCUGAACCUGGUAUUUUAACAAAUCUUUAACGUUGCUUUAGAUACAUCAUCCAAUGCUUCUGCGAAUGUGUGUGUGUGUGUGUGUGUGUGUGUGUGUGUGUGUGUGUGUGUAUUUUGCUCCUUCUCAUGGUUCUUGGGACCCAUGAGCACCUCCUUUGGAAACGUGUGUCCUUUUGAGUUUCAAACAUACCUUCAUCCUUUUGGAUAGUACUUCACCUCUAUUCUUUACUUCCAUCAGAGAAUCAUUAAGAUAGGCUAGCUUCUGCGUCUGAUGCCACACAAUGGCUGUGUAUCACCCAGCAUCACUGGCCCUCUGGAGGACUCAGUGUCUUCCAGGGUUCAUUAUGGGCCUUAUUACAGUUGGUUGUGAAACAGGAAGAACCACCAGCCUUUUGAAAUAAAUUGUUGGAAGCCUAUGCCUUCUCAUUUUGGGGUUGGGAGGAAUGUUAUUGACUGUAUCAGUCAUUGAUGCAAAAUUGUCUGUUAUGAAGGAACAGUAUUUGUGUUGUUGUUAAAAUUGCCUUGCUAUAAAUUUUUCAGAUGAAUUUUGUGCUCAUAUGAUGAGAGAUUCCUAGCCCUGGUAUAAAAAUAAGAUCUGACAUGGGUGAAAGUCAGUGUGAGAGGCAGCUGCAUAUGGCUGUGUGUUGGUGAUUUGACUUGAGCUCUUUAUGGACCAGGGUUCAGAAUAAUGUGAAUUUGCUUUGUUAUUUAACUAGAAUAUACAUGUAAUGUAAGAACACAUUGUCUCAUUGUAAGGGCAGCUUCUUAAACUAGUGAAUUUCUUUGUAUUUUUUACAUGUCAAAUGUGAACCUUAGUUUGUCUGUACUUUUCAGAAAAUAAUGAAGACUUUCA